AUGGCUAAUAUUGAAUGGGAUAAAGAAUUACAUGAUUUUCCUGCUUAUGUAAAAUAUAAUGAACUCAAUAAAGUCACUGGUGAUACACAUAACACGAAGGAAUUCUGUGACAAAUAUUGGAUUCUGGAUGAGAAAGCUAAAAAUUUCUGUAGACAAGCAAUAACAAUUUUAAGAGGUAUAACUUACACUCACGGUAAAAAUAGUGAUGAAUGCCAUUAUUUCAAACAUUGGUUCAGUGAUCAGGUUAGGAGAUAUUAUAGUAACAAUGAUAAGUUUUUUAGUAAUUAUGAUCCUUCUAAUUAUCUUUUUGAUGCAAUAAAUAAAUUUAAUGAUAAAGUGAGAAAUGAAAAUUAUAGAUGCUAUGCUUCACGAGAUGCGGAAAAUGUUAAAGUUGAGAAAGAUUUGUACGAUUAUUUCCAAAAUUUUGACAGUAUUAAUUGUGAUAACAUAAGUACGGAAAGGUGUCAAAUGUAUUAUAAAUAUGUUAACUAUAUUAAUGGUUUAUAUAGGGAUCGCUACAAUAGAUACUUAUGCUGUUACCUUGCAGAUGGUUCGGUGGAACCUAGAUGUAGUCAUUAUUUUAAAUGUGAUAAAAAAUAUAUCCCGAAAAAAUUAUUAGUUCAAUUAGAAAGACAAAUGAAUCCAACAGGAAGUAUACACACUGAGGAUAUAACAAUGGACAAAAGUGAUGAUAUAUAUAAUAAUGAAUAUGACUAUGGAUAUUGGAGGAAUUAUGAUAUGCCUGUAUAUAAUAGAUUUUUACCUCAUAAUUUUCGAAUAUUCACUGAAAGUUUAUUACGAUCACGUGGAUUUCACAGCGGUCUUAUAAUUACUGGAAUGAUAGGAAUAUUUCUCGGUUUAUUUUUUUACAUUAGAUUCCAUUCUGAAAACCUAUGGAUAAAAAGAAGAAGAGCAGAAAAUAUAGAUAGUUAUAUGAGUGAUAUUGAUUCAAAGUCCUCAAGCGCAACAUCAGAGAGUGAUUCAGAAAGCACCCCUUCAAUUUCGGGAGACAGUACUGUGUAUUUUUCAUAUCAAUCUUCACAAAGCUCUUUGUGA